UUCGCUAUUUACAUAUGUAUAUAAGUAUUUUUAUUUUCAGGUGUUUAUAUACCCUCACCAAAUGAAAAUAUUCAGCUUUCAUCUAAAUCAUGGAUGGGGAACGGCAAUGUUGGCACUGAUGCAUCACACAGUCAGUAUGAGCUGGGGCCUUGGGGGCAGAAAAUUACACCUUACUAUCCACAGGCAUCUGAGAAUUCAAUCAGCAUGGACAAUGCACCAUAUUCAUCAGUUAUAUGCACCACUGAGCUACCGGGAAGUGUUAUAAGUCUGUCAGAAGAGUUAAGUGCAUAUCCUCCAUGUAUAACUAAAAGUAUUGCAGUUCAUGAGGGUGAUUCAACAGAAGAUACUGCUGUAAAGGGUGAAUCUUGGCUGAGCAAGAUAGGAGUUUACAGGAACAAGCUGUCAGUAUUGCAACAAUGGUCAAGCAGGGAAGAAAGCACAACAGAUUGCAAACAAGUUUCUGCAGACACUCCUGCCUUUAAAAACUCUUCUUUCAGUUUUCGGGAUCCAAGUGAGGUGACUGAACACAUGGCAAAUGAAGGUCAACUUUAUAUUCCCUACAGCUUAGCUAAAUCUUGCAUAAAUAAGAUUGUGAAAGAUAUGCAACAAAUGCAAUCCAAACACAGCGAGGCGAUCAGGCAACUUAAAGCUAUAGAAAAACAGAAGCAGGAUCAAGCAGUUCUUGCCAUUAGAACUCAUUAUCGGGAUAAAAUGAAAAUGCUCAAAUUCAGAUUAGAAGCCUAUCAAGAAACAAUGGAAAAGAAAAACAAAGAACUCCAUGACCAAAUAAAGAAUUUAGAAAAUGAAAAUCAGCAGUUGAUCCAAGAAAAAUCCUCUAUUAUUCUGCAACUUCACGAACUUAGAGAAACUAUGGAAGAUAAAAAGGUAACAGGCCAUUAACAUCUUCUGAAAUGACUGCACUACAGAAAUACCCAAAGGACUGUUUUCCACCAAUGACUCUACAAAAACUGGAUCCUUGGAAAGAUCAUUUAUGAACAUCUAAAUAAGUUAUGUAAGAUUUGAAUUACAUUUUUCCAGGAGCUACCUGGUAUAAUGUAGUUUUGUAUAUGUAUG